UCGCGGAGCUUGGUAGUGGUGGGUCGUACGGAUUAUUCUCUGGAUUUAACUUUUGGAUUAUUCAUCUGCCAGAUAAUGUUGUGAAUGUUGAACCUGAAAAAUAGUUGAUAAAGAAAUGGAGUAGUGAGAAAGUAGCCAGGUAGUGAUUAUCGCCACGAAAAUGUGCGAGCGGCCACCAUCGUUGAAGAGACUGUCUGGGGACGGGAACGUUGCUCUCUUAACUUGCUUGUGACGAGAAUGCUCCGGAACAACCAAGCCUACACAGCUCCUCAACUUUUAUUAAACACUCACAUACAUGGACGCAUGCGGGAAGGGGAGGAGGACAGUUGAUGUGAAUACUAAGCUACCCAGAGCCCGGGUGUUGUUAUAAGGAUGACGGCCCCACUGCGAAGAGUCAAGCUGACAGAGCUCAACGCCCACUUGGUGUGUGUACUGUGCUCGGGAUAUUUUGUUGAUGCCACCACCAUUAUUGAGUGCCUGCACACCUUUUGCAAGACAUGCAUCGUGCGCUACCUGCAAACCUCGUCUUUCUGUCCCAUCUGUGAUGUGCAGGUUCACAAAACUAAACCGCUUUUGUCUCUGCGUGAGGACCGGACUCUACAGGAUGUUGUCUUCAAACUGGUGCCUGGCUUGUUUCACUCUGAAAUGAACAGACGGUUCUGUUUUUAUAAAGAACAUCCAGAAGCUGGCGGGGACAAAACUGAGCAAAGCUUGAGAGAACGGCAGCACUUCUUCCACGUGGACGACCAGAUCUCCUUGUCCCUGGAGCACCUGCCUGCGCCCCCCGCCCUAACCCACUCCCUUCUUCAUUCCCAUGUCAUGAAACCUCUCAAGGUCAGUAAUGGCCAGUUAGAGAAACAAAAGGUGGGGGAUGAAGAAAAGGAGGGAAUAACAGGAGCGAAGGAGGAAAUUAAGAAGGAGGAAGGUGGCGAAGAGCGAGAGGUGAAUGGUGUUAAGGUGGCACACAAAAGGUACCUAAGGUGUCCAGCAGCCGUGCAAGUGUCACAUUUGGAGAAGUUCAUCCGACUAAAGUAUAGCCUGGCGGCCAUCACUCAUAAGGUAGAUAUUAUGCAUGGUGGCGACUGCUUGAUGGGUGAAUUAACACUGCUGGAUGUUGUAUACAUGUAUAAGUGGACGGAGGAAGCUCCUCUCCGUCUGAUGUACACUGUUACUGCUAUCCCUCAAUCCCGCAAGAGACCCAGGCCAAAUGGUACGCGAGCACCAGGUAUUGCUGAUCCUGAUGUUCCACCUGCAAAGAUUCCAAGAACUCAGUCACCCAGUGUUAACCAGACAUCCCACCUCCAGGUGUCACCACAUACACCAAAAGGGCAGGAUGCUUCAAGGGACCAGAGUGAGCGCCCAUCACUUACUAUUGCCGAUGGUGAUGACAUGAAAAUGGAAGUAGAUAAGCUUGAUCAAGAUCAGCUUUCAGAAAGUACUUCUAAUGCAGUUAUUGAUAAAACCAUCAGUGUGCCGAGUGUAAUGCCAACAGCUGAUUCCGUGUGUCCUCAGACUCCUUCCACCGUCUCUAACACCAGUCUUGUUAGUAAUAGUGGCAGUAGCACCAAUAAGGUCAAGCCAUUAACUGGCUCUGCUCCUGUCAGGGGUCGACCAGCUCUUACAACCACCACUUCAGCUACAACAACACCAAGAGUGGCCUUGACACGCAUCUCCACACCAGUAACUCCUGUCUCAAGUACUGCCGUCUCUGUUCAAGUGUCUGAACCUAUAAUAACCUCGCAUGCCACUGUAACACCACCCAUUACCAUGACUAAUAUCACUACAACUACCUCUCACAAUAGUCUUGGUUUUGCACCGGUAAAUGCAAGGAUGCAUAUGUCACACUCUUCUGCAAAUAGCAUUACAGAGGCUGCACUUAAGCCAGUGCGUGCUUUGGGACCAUACAUCAACAAAAUGCCACAGCCAAUCAUUCCUACACGUCCUCGAUUGGGUCGCCCACCAAACUCAUCUCGAAUAAAUGCUGCAACCAUGAAGCCACCAGCUCCGAGAUUGGGUGAUGUACGCAAUAUUCGCCCAACACUGCCAGGUGGCAAGAAAAUGUCUCCAACUGGUGUGAGCUGCCGGGGAAACCAAACGGUUUCGGCAAGUCUUAAUGUACAGAGCCGCUUGAGCAGUAUUAGUGGACCGCCUGUUAAACUUGGUGCUACAAAAGUUUCAGUUAAAAGGUCAUGUGACGUCAUUAAAGAUAUUGGACAGACUCCAAGCCAACCACACGAACAGGUAACGAACCCUCCACUUUCAUUUUCCUUGCCAACUAAUACAUCAACAACAAUAGGCUGUCAGGCAACCCUGUGCCUCUCGGACAACCUCACUACUCAAUCAAUUCCUUCUAACAGUCCACCCACUACAUCAACUAACCACAAUCUGGAAACAACUUUAGACACAAUUGACAUGCAAGCUAUACAGAUGACUCCUAAUACCCAGGUGGUGCAGCAAACUGUCAAAGUUCAGGCAUGCCAGGAACCUCUGGAAACCCAAGCUGCUCAGAGGCUGCAAGAUAAAGUCAACAAAAGUCCUAAUCAGUCCACUCAAAGACCUGGCUCUCAACCCAAUCAGCGACCUAAUUCCCAAUCCAAUCAACCAUCAUCCAGCACAAAGGCUAAUCAGCGCCCUCAAGACUCCCAAAUUAAUCAAAGGCCCUCCACUACUGAAACCAAUCAACAUUCUCCUGGCACUCAAAGUCAGCGGCCUCUUGGCACUCAGGCCAGUCAGCGACAAACUUCUAAUCAGCAACCCACAACCAUUAAUAAUCAGCGUCCUGUUACCAGUGCUAGUCAGCAUCCUGCUACCAAUGCCAGCCAACGGCCUGCUACCAAUACCAGCCAACGGCCUGCUACCAAUGCCAGCCAACGACCAGCUACCAAUGCCAGUCAACGACCAAAUACCAAUGCUAAUCAACGACCAGCUACCAAUCCCAAUUUACGACCAGGUGGUACCAAUGCCAAUCAGCAAGCUGGUACCAAUAGCAAUAAAAAAACUACUACCAAUACUACUCAGCAAUCUUGUAGUACCCAACCCAGUCAAGAGUGUCAGAGUACCCAAGGUAAUCAACAAUCUCCCAGUGGCCAAACUAACCAACUACUCUCUGGCACACAAGUGACUGAGCAGCCUUCCACUACCCAGGCCAGUCAGAGAGUAUCAGGUACUCAAAAUACUCAGAGCUCCCCAAUUGGCAAUACAAUGAAAAGGCCGAUUAAUCAUGUAAACCAGCGACUAACCAAUAGCAUCAGUGCCCAGCGACCACGAACAUCGGUUCAACAUCCAUCUGUAAACUCGGUUUCCCAACGGUCAACAUCCGUAACUUCAUGCCCUCCCAGUCCAGCACCCCACCGAGAACUCAGUAGUCCAGCAUCUCACCGAGAACCCAGUAGUCCAGCACCCCACCUAGAACCCAGUAGUCCAGCACCCCACCUAGAACCCAGUAGUCCAGCACCCCACCUAGAACCCAGUAGUCCAGCACCCCACCGAGAACCCAGUAGUCCAGCACCCCACCGAGAACCCAGUAGUCCAGCACCCUACCGAGAACCCAGUAGUCCAGCACCUCAUAGAGAACCCAGUAGUCCAGCACCCUACCGAGAACCCAGUAGUCCAGCACCUCAUAGAGAACCCAGUAGUCCAGCACCCCACCGACAACCAAUUAGUAGUCCAGCACCCCACCGACAACCAAGUAGUAGUCCAGCACCACACCGACAGUCUGGAAGCACCACACCACGUCCACAGAAUACGAUAUCAACAUCUCCAGUUGCUGGACCCACACCAAAAGCAACUCCAUCACCCAGAACCACAUCAUCACCUUCAACAUCCACUGUCUCGUUAACAGUCGGUAAUAAGGAGACCAUACCAGUUUCAACUUUGGCAAAUUCGGGUUAUGUUGCAGGGUCUAGCAAAUCAAAUAGUAUGCAAAGUGGAAAAUCAAAUGGAUCAAAGUCCAGUAUGGCAUUUUCACAAGCACGCUCUGCACAUCCACUUGGUAACUCCAAUGUCAAAAGUGCACCUUCAAAAAGUCAGUCUACCGCAGGAGUGAAAGGUUCACCUAAGUCACCAGGACGUGGACGUGGUAGUUCUGGGACCCCUAAUAUUCUUAGCAUAGCUCAGUCCUUAGCCAGUCGACAGUUACAGCAGCGUACCUCAACAUCCACAAGUACCACCACCACAACCAAUGUAUCUGCAGCACAAGUUGGCACACACCAAGCUUACACAAGUGCAGCCCUUAACACUAAUGUAUAUCCGAACGCAAUUGGUGGUGGACUAGUCUCGCCUGCAUUAGCAGCCUAUAUGGCCUCAGCAUAUGGUGAUCCUUCUGCUCUUACUGACGUAACUGCUAUGAGAAAUCUGAUCACACUUAGCCAGACAGCUGCUUGCAUUCGGGAAUUUAACCUUGCUGCCAUGGUUAAAGCAGCAGAAACGCUUCCUCGUCCCUCUGAUCCCACCCCUAUUGACCUUUCACCCACAUCAAAGGCUGCCCCUCAGACCCCACUUACUAAUGGUCGGACUCACACCGCCACUGCGCAUGUGCCUACGAACACAAGAACAGUGGCUUCCCACACUUCCAAAUCUCCAUCAUCUAAAGGUCAACGAUCAACUGACACGAUUGCCUCAACAACUAUAUCACCCCCAACACCCGAAGUCACCAUCACCAAGCUUCCUAAUACUCCUGCAUCCACCUCUGCAACUGGAUCAGGAAAGGGCACCCUUGGAUCAACGAAACUUGGUCCCACUAACACCAAUACUGUCUCCAUCACUAAGCGACCAGCAUCCAGUAACCGGAUCGCUGUUGCAAAGUCUCCUGCCAACGCCUCGGUUAGACAAAUUCCUAACCCUUCCUUUUUACGACACCAGUCCGAGGCACGCAACAACAAUAAUGUCGCAAAAGCUACAUCUCUCUCAUCUGCCUCCAGUUCUCAGGCCAUGACAACCAGUUCAUCCAAAGCGCAUUCAUCAACCAAACAGUCAACAUCUAGUGGACGAAUCACUGGGAAUUCUCCUCUCAAGGAAACGGGUCCAUUACCAGAGACAUCAUCUAUACUAAAAAUUGAACAUCUUACUAGGUCACUGGCUGCACCUGGUUCACAAGCAUAUAGGUUUUUUAAUGAUAGAUAGGGAAAUAUGAGAGUAAAUGAAAUAUUUUCAUUUUAGGGAUUAAAAUCCUCAACUACAAACGGACCUGUAUUAACGAUGACUUGUUCUUACUGAUAUAGACAAUCACUUUAUAACCAGAUAGUGAAAUAAUGAAAAUUACCAAAUGUUGUGUAAAUUAAAAAAAAACUUAUAAAAGUAGUGCAGUAACCCAGUGCCUUGUUUUCUGAUGUAUCCUGAAAAUUACUUUACUUACGAAUAGAAAGCAGACGGGUGUGUAUUGCAGAUUGUCAAACUGGAAUCCUAAAAUCAGAUGAAACACAAAAACAUAUGGAAGAGUAAGUGGCAACAAUUAUUAAAUUCAAAUAAAAUUUGAGAUGUUCGGUGAUGAAAUAACUGUUAAAUAUUUUAGUGAUGAACGAGUACGCACAUGCAUUGUCUUGUGGAGUCUUGUCAGUUUAUGGCUCGUGCAUUGAAAUGUAAGAACAACGUUUUAACGGACAUAAUUGAAUUCUUGUCACACUCGUAAAUCACUUAUUGAAUUUUUAUGUCCGUUGAUUAGACAGCUGUAGCCUGUACGCUAAUGGGCAUAUAUAUAAUGCAUUAUAUGUAUCAAACUGAAAGACGAGGAGUCACAAUAAUAUGGCUGAAAUACAUUGUUCAAACCACACACUAGAAAGUGAAGUGACGAUGACGUUUCGGUCCGCCCUGGACCAUUCUCAAGUCGAUUUCUCAAAAAAUCAACUUGAGAAUGGUCCAGGACGGACCGAAACGUCGUCCCUGCACUUUUUAGUGUGUGGUUUGGCCAACAUAUCAAACUGGAACCGUAAAAUCAGAGAUAUAUAAUAUAUAUUAUGUGUGAGUGUCUAUUUGAUAAAAGUGAUCACAUGCACAAUAUUUCUCAUUGACUGAUUUACAUAUCACAAGUGUGGUGGGCCUGACAGUGUAGCUGCUUAUCUAGCCUUGCUGGCCACAGUCACUACACAGCCAAAGUUUUAAACAUUAUCAUAUUUUUUUAAACUUUGCGUGCAAACAAGUAAUAUUCCAAGUUAGAAAAUCAAUAUUAUUUACAAUUUGGUUAAUAAAGAAGGGAAAUGUAUUAUUCAGGUCCAUAGUCGUAAAUUUCUCUUUGAAAACUCUUGUCCACAUUUGUAAAGAUGUUUUGUAAAAAAAUAUAUAUAUAUACAGUAUAUAUAUCAGAGUUAGAUAUUUUGUUUUUCGGUGAGUAAAUGAUAGUCAUGGAAAUAACAAGUUCAUACAGCUUGUUAUAGAUUCAUAUAUUUAUAUAUAUGUAUGUAUGUAGGUGUGUAUUUACAUUUCUAAUGGUAAUGUAAGGAUGGUGAAUGUGUCAUAUUAUGUAACUUGUACAUACAAGUUUUUAUUGUAUAUAUGGAGGGUUAUGUAAAUAAAUUUUAAAUACAAAAA